GGGGCCGGGGGGGCGGGGUCCCAGCUCUGCGCUCUCGCCCCCAGCGCGCCAGUCCCGGGGCUGCAGGGAGCGCAGCGCGCGCGGCCCGGGCCCCGGCCACCGGACGCCCUACCGGACACGACCCUCCCUGGAGCUUGGACAACUGCCCACCUCGGACGCUGCACCGGACACUGCCCCCCACAGGGCUGGACGCUCCAACGGACACUACUUCCCAGCUCCGGACAUUGCUCCCUCCUCUCCCCGGGCCCUGGACGCUUUUCCCCCUCCCCCCUCCGGGGGCCCAGACACCGAGCCCCCCUCAGCGUCUGGCUAGCGUCCCCUUGCACCCCAGCCCAGGACACUGCCUCCUCCCUGUCCCUUUCUCCCUCCUGCUCCUCCCACCUCAUAUUUCCCCUGCUUGGGUCGGAGCCCCGCCAGUUCCUCCGACCCCCUGCUGCUCGGCCGCGGCUGCCCGCGCCCCCAUCCCCCGGCUCCUCUUCCGGAUGCCUCUUCCCGGGGGAUUGUGGUGGCUUCUCUGCUGCCGUCGAGGCUUCACUCUUCUGCACCGGGACUACGGGGACGGCGAGCUUAGCGGGGACGGGGACGAGGACGAGGACGAGGAAACCUUUGAGCUACGGACCCCGAGUCCAGCGGGCGGCGGGAGGGGUCCCCUGGAAGUGACACUGACUCAGCCAGUGAGGAGCGGGCCAGUCUCCCACAGGCUGCAGAGCUGGGAGGAAACUUGGAGCCUCAUCCCAGAGAAAGGGCUGCCGGAGGACGACCCGGACACCGUUGUGAAAGGUUGGCUGUACCGGGAGCCCCGCGGAGGAGGGGCACGGCCCUGGCUACCACCACGCCGAGCCUGGUUCGUGCUCACGCGGGACUCCUUGGAUCAGUUCAGCAGCAGCGGGAAGGGGGCGCGGCACCUCGGGAGUCUUGUGCUCACCAGCCUGUGCUCGGUGACAGGUCCAGAGCGCAGGCGUAAGGAGACGGGUCUGUGGUCAGUGACUGUGUCUGGCCGGAAGCACAGUGUCCACCUCUGCUCCCCACGCCAGGCAGAGGCCGAGCGCUGGGGGGUGGCAUUGCGGGAAGUGAUUGCCUCCAAGGCACCCCUGGAGACCCCCACCCAGCUACUGCUCAGGGACAUACAGGAAAGUUGUGGGGACCCAGAGGCCGUUGCCCUUAUUUACCUGAGGAACCCAAUUCUGAGACACACCAGUGGAGCCUUGUAUGCCCCGCUCCUGCCCCUGCCCUAUGGAGUCAGUGCCCCAGGUCCGGGCUAUGCACCCCUGCGCGAGGAGGCGGUGCGGCUGUUCCUGGCGCUGCAGGCGCUGGAGGGGGCGCGGCGCCCCGGGCCCUUAAUGCAGGGUGUGCUCCAAACUUGCCGGGACUUGCCCGCUCUCCGGGAUGAACUCUUCCUGCAGCUGGCUAAGCAGACCUCGGGCCCUGCAGGCCCCCCCGGGCUCCCGGCUACCCGAGACCCUGCGGCCCUGCGGUACUGGCAACUCCUUACCUGCAUGAGCUGCACCUUCCGGCCUGGAGUAGCUGUACGGGGACACCUCCUGGGGCACUUGGAGAGGACCGAGCAGGCACUCCCGGACUCGGAACUGGCGGAAUAUGCGCGCUUCAUCCGGAAAGCGCUGGGCCGGACUCGUGGCCGCGAGCUGGUGCCUUCGUUGGCGGAGAUUUCCGCGCUGAGCCGACGGCAGGAGCUGCUAUGCACCGUGCACUGUCCGGGGGCUGGUGCCUGUGCCGUGACCAUCGACUCCCACACCACGGCGGGCGAGGUGGCUCGAGAGCUGGUGGGGCGGCUGGGCUUGGCCCGGAGUCGCAACGCAUUCGCGCUGUACGAGCAGCGAGGGGCUCAGGAGCGAGCCCUGGCUGGGGGGACCCUCGUGGCCGACGUGCUCACCAGGUUUGAGAACUUGGCAGCGGAGGAAACUGGGCUGGAGGACUCCCCCGAUUCCGGGUGGAGACUGUGUCUGCGUCUUCACGGACCUCUGCACCCUGAGGGGCUGUCCCCAGACGGUCACGAACUGCCUUUCCUCUUUGAGCAGGCUCACGCUCUGCUGCUGCGGGGCCGGCCGCCCCCGCCCGACGACACGCUGCGCGCCCUGGCGGCGCUACGCCUGCAGAGCUUGCACCGGGACUUCUCCCCGCGAGUGCCCCUGCCCCGCCUGGACCGCCUGCUACCGCCUCCGGCCCCGCGGCGUGAAGACCCGCCCCGCCAGGCCCCCAGGCCGCCCCCCUCCGCCGCCGCCCUGCUGGCCGGGGCGCUCUGGAGCCCGGGCCUGGCCAAGAGGCGGGCGGAGCGGGCCCGGCGCAGCGGGGCCGGCCGCUUGGCGGGAACCACCGCCCGCGAGGGAGGCGGCAGCGCCAGCACUGCAGCUGCGGUGCUGGGCAGCUGGAAGCGGCUACGGGGCAUGGGCCGAGCUGAGGCCAUGGCCGCCUACCUGACCCUGGCGGCGCAGUGUCCGGGGUUCGGCGCUGCUCGGUAUGACGUUCUGGAGCUGAGCACGGAGCCUGGCGGGGGUGCUCCACAAAAGCUAUGCCUGGGCUUGGGAGCCAAGGCCAUGUCCCUCUCCCGGCCAGGGGAGACAGAGCCCAUCCACAGUGUCAGCUAUGGCCAUGUGGCCUCCUGCCAGCUAAUGGGUCCCCACACCCUGGCAUUGAGGGUGGGGGAGAGUCAGCUCGUCCUGCAGAGCCCCCAGGUAGAAGAGAUCAUGCAGCUGGUGAAUGCCUACUUGGCCAACCCCUCCCCCGAGAAGCCCUGCAGCAGCUCUUCUCCUCCAUGCCAAGACCUGCCAGACACCUCCCCUCCCAGCCAGCACCCGGGCCUGGACGAGCCCCAGGGACAGUCUGGCUGCUUGGGGCAGCUGCAGGACUGAGCCUGCCAAGAGGUCACGACCUCCAGCCUGGGCCAGGACUGCUCUGAGAUUUGGGGGAAACAUGGACCCUUUUGGCCCUGCAGGGACAGGGCACAUCCUACACCCAAGGGGUACAGUGGGUGUGGGCAAUUUUCUAGUUUGUUUCUUAAUUUAUUUGUAGAAGAGAAGCAAAAAAAAAAAAAAAAAAGUUUCUUAUUUACACAAA